AUGUCGGUUAGGGUGUUCUCCAGGAAGUUUUCUGCUGGCAGGCAAUUGCGCGCCGUCAUGGACGAGCAGUUCACUGCCGAAAAACUCAAGUCCCACUGUUCACCCGAAGUCCUCCAAGGUUUGGGAUUGUGGAAGAAGGUCACCUAUUUCAUUGGACUACCGGGUUGUUUGUUGGCAAGUAUUUACUGCAUCAACGGACAUUUGGAACACGAAAAACACACAUCGCGACCAGAGUUCGUGCCAUAUGAACAUUUGCGCAUCAGAACUCGGCGAUUCCCAUGGGGAAAUGGAGACCAAACUUUGUUCCACAAUCCAAAAUUGAAUGCUACAACUCAUGGUUAUGAAGUAGAUGAAUAA